AUGGCGGUUCUGGCACUGCCAUUGAUGACCUCAAUUCUCAAGCCCCACAACAACAACUCUCACCUGAAUUACCUUGUUGCCUCAAGUACAAGGCCAUAUUUUUUCAGCUCAAGACAGAGCCUUUUGUUCCAGAAAACUGUUGCUUCUGCUUUAAGUACUACUGGCUCUGCAGUUUCCCAAGACUCCUCAGCGGAACCCACUAGUCUCCAACAUCCCAAGAAGUCUUCAUCCGUGCUCACUUUUCAACAAGCCAUUCAGCGCCUCCAGGAAUACUGGGCUUCAGUUGGCUGCGCUGUAAUGCAAUGCAGUAACACCGAGGUUGGAGCUGGGACUAUGAAUCCUCUGACCUUCUUAAGGGUCCUGGGUCCUGAACCUUGGAAUGUUGCGUACGUGGAACCCAGUAUCCGACCUGACGAUAGUCGCUAUGGUGAAAACCCAAACAGACUUCAGCGUCAUACUCAAUUCCAGGUUAUAUUGAAGCCUGAUCCUGGGAAUUCACAGGACCUGUUCAUACGGAGCUUAUCUGCCUUAGGUAUUGACGUUAAUCAACAUGAUAUUCGUUUUGUGGAGGACAACUGGGAAAGCCCGGUGCUUGGUGCGUGGGGAUUGGGCUGGGAAGUUUGGAUGGAUGGGAUGGAGAUUACUCAAUUCACUUAUUUUCAGCAGGCUGGAAGCCUUCAGUUGAUGCCUAUAUCUGUUGAGAUAACAUAUGGUCUUGAGCGCAUCCUUAUGUUACUUCAGGGAGUUGAUCAUUUCAAGAAGAUUCAAUAUGUAGAUGGAAUCACAUAUGGGGAGCUAUUUUCAGAGAAUGAAAAGGAAAUGAGUGCCUAUUAUUUGGAGCAUGCAAGUGUUGAUCAUAUUCAAAAACACUUCGAUUUCUUUGAGGCAGAGGCCCAUUCUUUGCUUGAUUUAGGCCUCGCAAUACCUGCGUAUGAUCAGGUUUUGAAGACAUCUCAUGCUUUCAACAUAAUGGAUUCCAGAGGUUUUGUUGGUGUGACUGAACGUGCUCGCUAUUUUGGCAGGAUGCGCAGUUUAGCUCGUCAAUGUGCACAACUAUGGUUGAAGACUAGAGAGACUCUUGGCUAUCCACUCGGUGUCAUUUCUCCACCUGGUAGUCAUGCUAUUGAAAGGGAAGUCCUUGAGGAAGCAGUGCAAAAGGUUUCUCAGGAGCCAAGGACAUUUGUUCUUGAAAUAGGAACUGAAGAACUACCCCCACAUGAUGUUAUCAAUGCAUGCAAUCAGCUCCAGGAUCUUGUAGUGCAAUUACUGGAAAAAAAGAGACUCAAUCAUGGAGAAGUGAGAAUGUAUGGUACCCCACGGCGAUUAGUGGUUCAUGUUGCAAACUUGUAUGCUAAGCAAGAUGAAAGUGUGAUUGAGGUUCGGGGACCGCCAGUUUCCAAAGCAUUUGACCAGCAUGGAAAACCCACAAAGGCCGCUGAAGGAUUUUGUCGCAGAAAUUCUGUCCCAGUAGAUUCAAUGUAUACAAAGGUUGAAGGAAAAACAGAUUAUGUUUUUGUUCGGGUCAUCGAGUCUGCAGAGUAUGCUUUACAGGUUUUAUCUGAGGAAUUACCUGGAACAAUUGCUAAAAUAGCAUUUUCGAAGUCAAUGAGAUGGAACUCCGAGGUUAUGUUCAGUAGACCUAUUCGCUGGAUUUUGGCUCUACUUGGAGAUAGUGUUGUUCCAUUUAGUUUUGCUGGUGUUCUCAGUGGAAAUAUUUCUCAUGGUCUUAGAAACACUGUGGCAGCUACUAUGAAGGUAGCUAGUGCAGAAUCUUAUGCGGAAUUAAUACGGCAGGCUGGAAUUUCUAUUGAUUUGAACUAUGGUUAUCUAAGAGUAACAAAUACAAUUUUCCAGCAAAGGAAGAAAACAAUUUCGGAACAAGCAAAUGCUCUGGCAGAAUCUGUUAAUGGCUGUGUCAUUAUGGAGAACAAUCUGUUAGAUGAGGUUGCAAAUCUUGUUGAAGCACCUGUUCCAGUACUUGGAAAAUUCAAGGACAGCUUCUUAAAGCUUCCGAAGGAACUACUGGUUAUGGUGAUGCAGAAGCACCAAAAGUACUUCGCCAUAACCGAUAAGAGUGGAAAUUUGCUGCCAUACUUCAUUUCUGUUGCAAAUGGAGCAAUCGACGAAAUUGUUGUUAGAAAAGGCAAUGAAGCUGUUCUAAGAGCUCGUUAUGAAGAUGCAAAGUUUUUCUACGAGACGGAUACAAGUAUAAGAUUUUCUGAAUUCCAAGGUCAACUCCAAGGCAUUCUUUUCCAUGAGAAGCUGGGAACAAUGCUGGACAAGGUGAACCGCAUCCAAAGUAUAGCUCCUGAAGUAGGCUCAUCACUAGGAGUAACUGAAGGUGUCCGUCAAGCCAUUGUUGAUGCUGCAUCAUUGGCAAUGGCAGAUCUUGCUACUGCUAUCGUAAUGGAGUUUACCUCCCUCUCAGGCAUAAUGGCUCGCCAUUAUGCUCUUAGGGAUGGUUACUCAAAAGAGGUAGCAGAGGCACUGUUUGAGAUAACACUACCACGCUUUUCAGGUGACAGGCUUCCAGUGACUGAUGCAGGGACUGUUCUGGCUAUCACUGACAGGCUGGAUAGUAUUGUUGGCUUAUUUGCUGCUGGUUGUCAGCCAAGCUCUACCAAUGAUCCAUUUGGUUUAAGGAGAGUCUCUUAUGGUCUUGUUCAAUUAUUGGUUGAAAAUAACAGAAAUUUGGACUUAAGACAGGCGUUACAGCUUACAGCCAAAGUCCAACCUUUAAAAGUGGAUGAAACCACCAUUGAUGAUGUGCAUCAAUUUGUGAUCCGGAGGCUGGAGCAGUUCCUGGUGGAUAAGGGGAUUAGUCCGGAGGUAGUUCGUGCUAUUCUAGCGGAACGGGCCAAUGCGCCUUGUCUUGCUGCCAAGUCUGCUUAUAGAAUGGAAGCAUUGUUACGCGGUGAACAUCUAUCAAAAGUUGUUGAGGGUUAUUCUCGUCCCACUAGAAUUGUUCGUGGAAAAGAUAUAAAAGCUGAUGCAGAGGUGGAUGAAACAUUAUUCGAAACAAAUGAAGAAAGAGCUCUGUGGAGCACUUUCUUGUCACUAAGAAACACAAUAAACCCAGGUAUGGAGGUGGAUGCUUUUGUUGAAACAUCUUCUCAACUUUUACAACCGCUGGAGGAUUUCUUCAAUAAUGUUUUCGUCAUGGUGGAAGAUGAAAGAAUCAGAAAUAACAGGCUCGCAGUGCUACAAAAAGUAGCUGAUCUUCCAAAAGGGAUAGCUGACCUCUCAGCUUUGCCUGGAUUUUGA